CCCCUCCUCCUUCCCCUCCUCCAUUCCGUCUUGGGCUAUAUCCUCCAAAAUACCAACAUCACUGAGAGUAGACAAGGAGAGAGGCCAGACACCCCGGAGAAGUGUCAGGCUGGUAAAAUGUGAGAACACUCCGUCUUUCUCGCUUCAGCAAACGAGCGUGUCCGAAACUCUCCUCCCUUUUCCCGGAGGGGGGUUGAUGUGAACGCACAGGGCUGCGUUGGCUUCUCGUCACACGCUCGCCAAGACCUCGCACAUAUUCAAUCGUGACGGAUUCGUCCCUUCGCUCCACCACUCCUGUUUAAGAUUCCGCAGUUGACAAGACGGCGCCUUGCCCUCCCCGCCUCUCUCAUCAGACUUAUUUUGCGCCGAAAACGGGAUUCUGUCCGCUUUUCUUUGGGAUUCGACCAAGUUUUCCCUUCCGAGGAGUUUUACAAUGACAGCUACCAAGGAGCAGCCGAAUCAGAGACAGAAUCAACCGCAGCAGGAUGAGGACCUGGGUGGAGUGAGUCCUCCUCAGAGGAACUGGAAGGGGAUUGCUAUCGCUCUGCUGGUCAUACUGGUGGUCUGUUCCCUCAUCACUAUGUCUGUCAUCCUCCUCACACCAGCUGACAACCAAGCUGGAAGUGACACUAAAAUGACUGUGGAGGAUUUGUUCAAACCCGAGUUCAAAGUCCAUGACCCGGAGGCCCAGUGGAUCAAUGACUCUGAAGUCAUCUACAGGAACAGUGACGGCCAUGUCAUCAAGUUCAACAUCCUCACAAAUGAAACAGAGAUCGUCCUGACAAACGGCACAUUUAUUAACUUCAACGUGGCGAAGUAUGCAGUCUCCCCUGACCUGAAAUAUGUGCUCUUCGCAUAUGAUGUGAAACCGGUUUAUCGCCACUCCUACAUGGCCUCCUACAGCAUCUACAAUAUUCACACUCGGGAGGUUUGGGAGCUGGACCCUCCUGAGGUGGUUAACUCAGUUCUCCAGUAUGCUGCCUGGGGGGUGCAAGGCCAACAGCUGAUCUACAUAUUUGAAAACAACAUCUAUUAUCAGUCGGAUGUCAAGAGUAACUCCCUUAGGCUAACAUCCUCGGGAAAAGACGGGGUCAUCUUCAAUGGAAUUGCUGACUGGCUCUAUGAAGAGGAGAUCCUCCAGACCCAUGUGGCUCACUGGUGGUCUCCUGAUGGAGAGAGGUUGGCCUUCCUGGUUCUCAAUGACACUUUGGUUCCCAACAUGGCUUUACCUCGCUUCACUGGCAUGACAUACCCAAAAGGAAAGCAGUACCCCUACCCCAAGGCUGGUCAACCCAACCCAGCGGUGAAGCUCUAUGUAGUCAACCUUUACGGGCCGACGCACACGUUGGAGCUCAUGCCUCCAGAGACACUCAAGCUGCGGGAACAUUAUGUAACAAUGGUGAAGUGGAUCAGCAAGACCAAGACAUCUGUUAGAUGGUUAAACCGGGCCCAGAACAUUUCCAUCCUGACUGUGUGUGACACCACCACCGGAGCCUGCGUCACGAGACAUGAAGAAAGCUCUGAGCUCUGGCUCUCCAAGCAGAAUCAGGAACCCGUGUUUUCCAAAGAUGGCAACAGAUUCUUCCUCACAGUGCCGGUCAAACAAGGAGGACGAGGAGAGUUUCAUCAUAUUGCCAUGUUCACUACGCAGUUCAGAGCUGAUCAAAAUGAAGUCCGACAUCUAACGUCUGGAAACUGGGAGGUGACAAAGAUCAUUGCCUUUGAUGAGGACACCGAUAACCUUUAUUUUCUCAGCACUGAGGGUUCACCACGGAGACGGCAGCUUUUCAGUGUUAAAACUGUGGGCCUGUUCCCCCGACGGUGUUUAACAUGUGAACUGAAUAAAGCCCACUGUUUGUACUUCGACGCUGACAUCAGCCCCACGAACCAGCACAUUAUCCUCGACUGUAAAGGUCCAGGAGCACCUACUGUGAUCCUACACAGUCUGAAUAAUUCAAAUUACUACAUCCUUGAGAACAACUCUUUGCUGAAGGCAGCCUUGAAGUACAAAAGGAUCCAGCUGACAGACUUCAGAACUGUUCCAAUGGAACAUUUUGAUUUACCUUUGAAGAUCUCGUACCCACCAGACUUCUCUGAUUCCCGCCACUAUGGACUUCUGUUGGUCGUUGACGGCGCCCCUGGAGGUCAGGCUGUGAGUGACCGUUUCUCCCUCAGCUGGGACUCGGUCCUCGUCAGCUCUGACAACAUCAUCGUGGCCCGUCUGGACGGCCGGGGCGGCGGCUUCCAGGGUCAAAGGAUACUGCACGAAGUUCACCAGAGACUGGGAACUGUUGAUGUUCAGGACCAGAUUGCAGCAGUGGAUUACAUGAUGAAGUUUCCAUACAUUGACCGGACAAGGAUAGCAGUGUUUGGAAAGGGAUAUGGAGCCUACAUAACAUUAAUGAUGCUGAAGUCUACUGACAGCCUGUUUAAAUGUGCGUGUGCAAUGUCACCAGUGACCGACUGGAAACUCUAUGCGUCAGCGUUCUCUGAACGAUACCUCGGCAUGCCAUUACGGGAUGACAGCAGAUAUCAGUUUUCCAGUGUGCUGCAGAAUGUUCAAGCUCUUAGGGAACAGACACUGAUGCUGGUGCAUGGCACAGCAGAUGCCAAUAUCCACUUCCAGCACACUGCUGAGCUCGUCAAGAACCUUGUGAAAGUUGGAGCAAACUACUCAAUGCAGAUCUACCCAGAUGAGGGACACUUCCUGUCUCAGCAGAGUCGUCAGCACCUCUACACCACACUGACCAGUUUCUACAGGGAGUGUCUGAAGGAGGAGUUGCUACCACUACCCGAUGAAGAGGAGGAAGAAGAGGAGUAGGAAUGUGUCUUUGGGAGUCAGACCUUUGGCAGAGCUUGAAGAAUUUUGCUGAAAUCCGUCAAGGCCUUUCGUGUUUGGACCAAGUGUUUAGCCAGAAAAGGACACUGGGGUAGAGCUGCUGAUGCUCCCAAAGUGUGUAUGUGUGUGUGCGUGCGUAUGUGUGUGUGUAUGAGCACUCCUGUGUGUGUGUCUGUGUAUGUGUAAAUGUGAUGAAAAAGAUAGCUAAAGGACACAACAAGUGACACUCGCAUUGCCGGGACUUGAGGCGCGAACUGUCGUCUAGCAUAGAGUCAUUUCAGUUUUGGGACGCUCAGUUUCUCGGCAAAGCACACUGAAGAUCUGCUGCAGGUUCUCCGAGCUGCAGUCAUUCACACUUAACCAAGUGCAUGGUUCUUUUUCCCCCCUUCGCCUUUCAGCUUCACUCAUUCUUGCCAUGUCAGUCUCCUUUGUGGUACUGCGACACUUUGGAAGACAAGAACACCGAUAUACACCUUUGAUCUCACUUCUCUUUUGGUUGUUGUAUCGUUGCACAAGGAAAUGCUCCAGUCAUCUGCAAAAAUGUUUAGUCACGCAAGUUCACUACAACCUGAGCAGAUCCUGAAUAAGUGCAAUUUCCUGCUGAAACCCUCUGCCAUCGCCCACCCUGAAUGGAAACAGUGUUUAGAGGUCACACUUUAUUGUACAGCAGUCUUGUGUAGACAUGUACGAUGCCUUAUGAGGUUCAACAUACUGUAAUAUUACUUGCUGGCAGUGGUAGUCAUCCAUUAGCAGUGUCAUGUUAACCUAUGUCAACUCAGGUCCUCGAGACACGGUGUUGCAGUCAGUUUAGAAACUCUUAAGUUUGGGAUGAAGAUAACAGGUUUAUAGGCCAUAUAGUAAUUUCAGUUUCAGGCCACACUGAAAAAGCUCUCCAUCUUAAUAUGUGAUUUGAACCCUUAAAUCAAAUUGCACAAGUUUAAAAAGGUGUGAGAUCAUUUUCCAGUGCAUCUCCACCAGAGUAAAGAACCAUUUCACGUAUUUUUGGACACUAAAAGACAUUCAAAAAAAAGAACUAAGAUGGGGAAUUUUACAGUGUCAGUAAGGUGUUUGCAUGUCUACAGGGAAUGUGUCAAGUGUUGCCACAUUUUGUACAGUACAAUACAGCAGAGUGUGUACAUAAAUAUAUUUUUAAGAUGUCAGAUCUCAUAGAAAGUUUAGUCUAUGGGGAUGGAUUGAUUUGACCUGGACGUCUUGUACUUUCAUUUCUUUUCUGUUUUCUUUCAAGCUGUUGAUUUUCUUCUUAGGAUGGAUUUUGUAAUGCUUGUUCUCGUUCUUUUUGCUGUUUUAAAAGGGAAGGGUUGAGGGUUGAGGUUUUGGGGUUAUUGUGAUUGUCCUCUAGUGAUGAUUAUAAAUAAUAAAUAAUAAUAAUAAAAAAUGUAAAAAAAAAAAAAAAUGUAAAAAAAAAACUAAACAAAAAAAAAACCUUUGAGUUAUUCUGGUGGAUUGAACACAAAUAACAGAGAACCAAAUCGGCUGCAUUUGUUUGCAGGACUGAGCAAUUCAAUCUAAAGUUUCAUUUGUUUGUUACCUUGGCAGUCACAUUAAAGAGACCCAGUCAUCUGUCAUGGCCAUGGGCUACCUGCAUUAAUGAUUUAGCAGGCAAGAUCUUCUUAUUUAAAGUCAAACAUACUUGCAUCAACACUGCAUGUCUGUGUGCAUUAAUCACUGCCUGCACUUACAAGCCUGAAUGACCAAGCAGAUGUUAAUUCUUAAAUUUGUAGUAGCCAGCAAAAUGUGUAACAGCUAUGGUGGUUCAGAGCUCAAAACAAACAUUAUUGGUCGUUUUUUAAGGAGGAAUGCAUCAACAUGGCAACCUAGCCAGAUGGAAGAUGUUGUGAAAAGGUCUAUUUUAACACCAACAGUGAUCAGUAGGUGUUUAACGACAAACAAAUAUUUCUCUUCUCUGAAAGUCCUGUUAGUCAUCUCCUGAAGAUGACGCUCCUAAUGGAGACUUUGUUUUUCUUUCUUGUCUAAUGAGAAAAAAAAUCUUGAUAACCACAUGAUGUCAACGCAGAUCUAAAGAAAAUAAUAGGACAACCGAACAAAGUCAACUCACAGUUUUAGAUCUUUCAGUUCUAAAGUUACUGGUGACAUGGUUACAUUUGGGCUAACAUCUACCUCUUUUUGUGGACUCUUCACCUGUUUGGUAAGC